GUUUUUACAUUUAUGACUUAGAAAUUUAACCACAAUUAUAAUUAUAACUAAAUAUACAUAUAUAAUGAUGGACUUGUGUGUAAAUUUGGAGGCCCCUAACAUUUGGGGGCCCUAGACAAAUGUCUAGGUGAACUGCCCCCAUGGCCGGCCCUGCCGAGAACCCCAAUGCGUUUUGGCUGACACCUCAAGUAGUUCGUAGAUAAUUAAUUAACUCUCUCUAAUUUGAAAGAACAUAAUCGCAACAAAUAUAAAUUGAUAUAAAUAAUAUUAUGAACUUUUCGAAGAGAUAAGGAGGUGAUGGAGAGAAUAAAAAAAAUAGUUGGCGGACAUUUUAGGGGGACUUGGUCGACUUACAAGGAGGUUGACAAUGCGACCCGUGACUUUUGUUGGAACUUGUUCAAGGUAAAAAUAAAUAAUUUUUCUUACAUUUUAAUAACUUAAUUUUAAUAAACGAUAUAUCAAUUUUGUAAUGAAGUGCCAACAUCGAUGAAUGCAAGGGACGAAAAAGCUAUCAUCAAAGAAUAUCAUUCAAGGGUCUCGUCGUGGAUGAGAUUCAGUUCUGGUCACGCCCGAAAUCUUAAUCAAAAGCCCGGAUUCGUUUCGGAUGAUGUUUGGAAAAACCUUGCUCAUCAUUGGGCUAUGGAUCCAAAAUUUUUGAAAAAAAGACAAGCCGGUAAGCAAAACCGGAAUUCCGAAAAGCUUUGAUGACGCAAUGGCAUGUGGGCUGCAAACCCGGAGAUCAGCAUAAAGCAGAUCUGGGCUGGGACCCGAAAAAAAAUAGGUCACAAAAUGUACCUUGAUUAGACAUUGUUGGUAUCUGAAGGGCGGGGGGUCGCCGCCACAAUGCAUCGCCGAAAUUGAAGUAAAUAGCGUAAAUCCAAUUAUUUAAUAAAUCCCCAAGGUCAUACAUUUUUCGAUCUUAACUAUAAUAAAUUUAUGUAUUUGUAGAGGAAGUAUGAUGAAGAUGUGCAGAAGAAACAGGCCGAGCUAAGUGACUCGGAUGUCGAAAUUGAUGAGAUUCAAGAUGAUACGACCUAUUUGGUGGCUGCUGGGGUUUAUAAAGGUCGGGUUUCGUGCAUGUGUGCCGACGCUUUAUGGAUUUUGAAAAACUUUAAAGGAGCCAGUUCAUCUUCUCAACCGAUGGUUGAUGAAGAACGGGUUGCCCGCCUUGAGAAAGAAUUGCAGGAACUCCAAGAACAACAGGAAGAGGAGCGGAGAGAAAGAGAAAAGGUGGCAAAGAUGCAGGCUCAAAUGGAUGAAUUCUUCGCCACAUGGCGGUCUCCCAUGCAUCAAAUGCAGCCUCAGAUGCCGCCUCAAGUGUCAUUCAUGAGCAGUAUGGGUUUAAAUUCUAGCCCCGGGUUUCAAAUGCCGACAACCAUUUCAAACACCUAGAGGUCAUUACAGCCGAGGCGGCAGUGGAGAUGGCAGUUGAGGCGGCAGUCAAGGCGGCAGUCGAGGAGGUAGUCGUAGUGGCAGGCGACAUGGCGAUGGUCAACCCGAAUCAACCCAUAGUGUCGGUUUUGAUAUCAACGACUAUAUCAACGAUGAAGACCCCCCAAAUAUGUAAUAGAGAUAGUAUAUUAAAUUUGAAUUUUUAUUAAUUAUUAUGAUUGUAGAAAAAUAAUUUUUUUUUAUAAUUUAAUAUUUAGUUUGUCACGGAUAGGGGCCGUGACAAAGUUGAAUUUUGUAAUUUCCCCG